AGAGAAAGCUUUGCAGAGCAAGCUGAGGAAAACCUAGCGAAAGACAAGCCUAUGAUAUUUGUGGGGUAUAAAACUUCUUCAUUUUCAAAAAGAACAGCUGGCAGCCCUGCCUGAAAGACAAACAGCUCCUAUUCUGCCUAUAAAUCAAGUUUUAAAUUUUGGCUUCAUAGAUGGCAUGGGUAACUUACAAAAUGUACACUGUUAUGAUGUUACUACUUCAAUACCAUGUAUCUUCGUCAGAAGAUGGUGAAAUAAGAUCAAGUUGCAGAACUGCUCCAAAUGACUUAGUUUUUAUUCUAGAUGGCUCAUGGAGUGUAGAACCUGAAAAUUUUGAAAUACUGAAAAAAUGGGUUGUUAACAUUACAAGUAAUUUUGACAUUGGGCCCAAAUUUACUCAAGUUGGAGUGGUUCAAUAUAGUGACUAUCCAGUUCUUGAAAUCCCACUUGGAAGACAUGAGGCUAUAGAAGAUCUUUUCAAAAGAAUGCAAGAUAUUAAUUAUCUUGGUGGGAACACGCGGACUGGAAAUGCGAUUCAAUUUGCAAUAGAAAACCUCUUUGCUCGGUCAUUGCGACCAUUAACCAAGAUUGCCAUUGUUCUAACUGAUGGGAAAUCUCAAGAUGAUGUAAAAGACAUAGCAGAGGAAGCGAGAAAAAAUAAAAUAACUCUUUUUGCCAUUGGAGUAGGCUCUGAAAUUGAAGAAAGUGAACUAAGAGCAAUAGCGAAUAAGCCUUCCUCAACAUAUGUGUUCUACGUUGAAGACUAUAUUGCAAUAACAAGAAUACGAGAGGUCAUAAAGCAAAAGCUCUGUGAAGAAUCUGUUUGUCCCACAAGAAUACCAGUGGCAGCCAGAGAUGAAAAGGGAUUUGACAUACUAUUAGGACUGGGACUAAAUAAAAAAAAAGCCAAGAGAGUCGAAGGCUCUAUCCCUACCACUAAAGCAUUUGAAAUAACAUCACAAACUGAUCUUACAGAAUUAACAAGAAAUGUUUUUCCAGAAGGUCUUCCUCCUUCCUAUGUCUUUGUGUCAACUCAGCGAUUUAAAAUAAAGAAGAAAUGGGAUCUGUGGAGAAUAGUUGCAAUUGAUGGGACCAUACAAGCUGCUGUUUCUUUAAAUGGAGAAGAUAAAACAUUAUCAUUUACUACAACCAGCCAAACAAAUGACAACCAGGUUAUCACAUUUGUAAAACCUGGAGUAAAGAAGCUAUUUGAUGAAAGUUGGCACCAAAUAAGAAUUUUAGUAACAGAGGAAGAUGCAACUUUAUAUAUAGAUGAUCAAGACAUUGAGACAAGAAAACUACUUCCAGUUAUAGGAAUAUUUAUCAGUGGGAAAACUCAGAUUGGAAAAUACACUGGUAGAGAUGAAUCUGCCCAGUUUACUCUUCAAAAGCUGAGAAUAUAUUGUGAUCCAGGACAUAACAAACGUGAGACGGCUUGUGAGAUUCCAGGAACUAAUGGGGAGUGUUUAAAUGGUCCAAGUGAUGUUGGCUCAACAUCUGCUCCCUGUGUUUGUCCUCCUGGGGAAAAAGGACCUCCUGGACUCAAAGGAGAUCCUGGACUGCCUGGUAAUUCUGGCUCCCCUGGACAACCUGGUCCAGAUGGUAAGCCUGGAAUACCAGGGAUACUAGGAAACUCAGGUACCCCAGGAAUGCAGGGACCAAGUGGCUUACCGGGUAUGAAAGGUAUUUCUGGACGCGACGGUGACAAGGGUGAACGAGGACUGCCUGGUUUUCCAGGACCACCUGGGCAGCCAGGAUCAAUGGGUGACCAUGGACAGAAAGGAGAAAAAGGAAUUGCAGGACUAGAUGGAAAAAAGGGGUCAAAAGGCGAGAGGGGAAGUCCUGGGUCAUUUGGAAAGCCUGGGAGACCUGGAGAACCAGGAAUGCAUGGGAAGGAUGGUAUACCUGGGUAUGCUGGAGAAAAGGGAGAAGUAGGAAAGCUGGGUCCACCAGGAAUGGAAGGUCAUAGAGGAUUGCCGGGAAUACCCGGAGUUCCUGGAAGUGAAGGUUCAAAUGGAGCAAAGGGUGAAGCAGGAUCUCCAGGAAACCAUGGUACAAGAGGACCUCCUGGAGUUCCAGGAAUACCUGGACCAGAAGGCUUACCUGGAAUACCAGGAAUACUUGGACAAAAGGGAAGUAAAGGUGAUUCUGGAAUACAAGGCAAGUCAGGAUUAGCAGGAGCAAAAGGAGAGAAGGGAGAGUUUGGUCUUAUGGGCCCACAAGGAUACACAGGUAUACCAGGACUUACAGGUGCAAAGGGUGACAAAGGAAACCAAGGUGAAAGAGGGAGCCAGGGCCAGAAGGGAACUCAAGGAUCUUAUGGUAUUCCAGGAAUAAAGGGUGAACAAGGAGCGUUUGGUACCAAAGGAGAGAAAGGGGAAGUUGGAGAAUCAGGACACCAGGGAGUCAGUGGACCAAGAGGAGAACCUGGUUCUGCUGGAUUUGUUGGCGCAACUGGUCCUAGAGGGAUCGUUGGUGACAGAGGAGUCCCUGGACUGCCAGGACAGGAAGGAAGACCUGGCAAAGAACAUUCUGAACAAUUCAUAAGACAAAUCUGCCUUGAUGUUUUAAAAGCCCAUCUACCUUUACUAUUACAUUCUGAAAGACUGCAAAGCUGUGAUCAUUGUAAAACUCAGCAAGGACCUACUGGACUUCCAGGACCUACAGGGCCAGUGGGUUCUGAAGGACCAAGAGGACUUCCUGGAACACCAGGGAGAAAUGGUUUUCCUGGCUCCGUAGGACAUCCGGGACAUCAAGGUAUCCCGGGAUUUAAAGGGGCUCCAGGAAGGCCUGGUCCAAAAGGAUAUAAAGGUGACUCAGAACCUGGAAUUCAAGGACCACCUGGAGUCCCAGGACCUAUCGGCCCACCUGGAAUGAGCAAGGAAGGUCGAGCUGGAUUACCGGGGCCUCCUGGCAGAGAUGGAGAACGUGGGCCACCUGGAUCACAGGGACCAGCAGGACAACCAGGAAUAUGUGACCCAUCUGUAUGCUUCAGUGCAAUUGUUGGCAGAGAUCCAUUUAGAAAAGGACCAAAUUAUUAACGUUGAUUUUCGAGGAUGAAUUUUAAUUUUGUCACCAUUUCUCGUCUUUCAUAUCUCAGGAAGAUUUGUAGUGGUCAACUUUGUAAGAACACAAGUACCUCCAUUUUGUAAAAUAAAAGGGAAUGCCUUCAGGAGAAAAAAACUCUGAUGGUUAUUAAAUAUGAAGGCUGGCAGUGGUGGCAUAUAUCUGAAGUAAGCUCUACUUAUAAAAAAAUAUUUUUCUAUCUGUAAGGUAUGCAGAUAUAAAACUGUGAAAUAGUUUUACAUCAAGUCAUGUUGUAGAAAAUGUGUCUUUAGAAUAUUCUGUCAACAGAUCUACAUUUUAUUUAAAGAAAACACAAAAUCC